AUGACGCUGGGGCAGAACCACACCACAGUGACAAGAUUCAUCCUGCUGGGCCUCACAGACCAGGCCGCCGGAAGACAUCUCCUCUUCGGCAUCUUCCUGCUGAUCUAUGCUGUGACCCUGGUGGGCAACCUGGGCAUGAUGGACCUGAUCCGUACCAGCUCCACCCUCCACACCCCCAUGUACUUCCUCCUGAGCGUGCUCUCCUUCCUGGACAUAUGCAAUUCCUCUGUGUUCACCCCCAGGCUUCUGAUCAGCUUCCUCACCACGGAUCAGUCCAUCUCGUUUGCGGGCUGUGUGGUCCAGAUGGCCUUCAUGAUCCUCCAUGGCACAGGGGAGUGCCUGCUCUUGGCCUUCAUGGCCUAUGACCGAUUUGUGGCCAUCUGCCACCCUCUCCUCUACCAUACGAUCAUGUCCAAGCGCUUGUGCAUCCAGCUGGCGGUGGUCACCUAUGCGGCAGGGGUGUUCGUUUCAGCUCUACAGACGGGGAAUGCCUUCAUCUUGCCCUACUGUGGUCCCAACAUCAUUGAUCACUUCUUCUGUGACAUCCCCCCCGUGCUCCAACUGGCCUGCUCAGACACCACCGUAGCCAAUAUCAUCCUGCUCUUCCUUUCUGCCUUGGUUACUGUCCCCACGGUGUCAGCCAUCUUAGUCUCUUAUACCUACAUCCUGGUCACAAUCUGUAGGAUGAAGUCCCUGGAGGCCCAGCGCAAAGCUUUCUCCACUUGUGCCUCCCACCUCAUUGCCCUCUCCCUCUUCUAUGGGUCUGUGUUCUUUGUCUAUGUCCAACCCAACCCAGAAAGUGCCUCAGCCUAUAAUAAGACCCUGUCUGUGUUCUACACCAUUGUGAUCCCCAUGCUGAACCCCCUGGUCUACAGCCUAAGGAAUAAAGAUGUCAAGGCUGCUUGGCACUACAGUAUUCUCAUAUGCUCAGCCAUGCUCUCGCGACAGUCUUACCCCUGCAGUCCUGUGGCAGGUCAGAACCAGGCCAAGUUAUUGGAUCGUGGUGAACAGAGUGGUGACUCCAAACCAAAGAUGAGCCAAGGGUCAAACACCAGGAAAGGAGGAUAA